AAUCAUCACUGAUAUUCUGUAUAUGUGUUCACUAAUUCAUACUUUUUAUUUAGGUGCCGUCUUAACCAUGACCUCAGAACAGAAUGAAAUUGUGAACAAGCAUAACACCCUGAGGAGGAGUGUGAAACCUACCGCUAGCAACAUGUUGAAAAUGAGCUGGAACAAGGAGGCUGCAGCCAACGCUCAGAAAUGGGCCAACACCUGCUCCAUGAAGCACAGCCCUGCCAGCUCCAGAGAGAUCAGCACGAGCGGCUGUGGGGAAAACCUGUACAUGUCCAGCAACAAGAACACCUGGAGUAGCGCCAUCCAGCGGUGGUACGACGAGGUGCAGGACUGGCGCUACGGAGUGGGAUCAGUCAACGGAGGAGUGGUCGGACACUUCACUCAGAUUGUUUGGUACAGGUCUAACCAGAUUGGAUGCGCCAUGGCUUACUGUCCCAACUCUAAAUACAAGUACUUCUACGUCUGCCACUACUGUCCACCCGGGAACUACAAUUACACUCACCCCUACAAGUCAGGACCCUCCUGCGGCGACUGCCCCAACUCCUGCGACAACAAACUGUGCACGAACCCCUGUCCCUACACUGAUCAGUACAGUAACUGUCCAGAGCUCAAACAGCAGUGGGGAUGCAGCCACAAGGACGUGGCCUCCUGGUGUCCCGCCUCCUGCAAGUGCACCAAUCAGAUCAGCUAAAUAUCACAGCUGGCUCUAAUAAAUGGACUCAUCAGUAAAA